AUGGCUCACGCAGCGAGCUCCACCAACCUCUCCGUUGAGAACCUCUUCUCGUUCAAGAACCAUGUCGUUCUUGUCACCGGUGGUGCUACAGGCCUCGGCGAAAUGGCCGCCCAAGGUUUCGUCCAAAACGGCGCCCGCGUCUUCAUCGCCAGCCGCAAAGAAUCCGAAUUGAAAUCCACUUCCUCCCGCCUGAACUCCCUCGGACCCGGCAAAUGCGAGUACAUCGUCGCCGACCUCAAGGACAAAGCCGGCGCCGACGCUCUCUGUGCUGAGGUGAAGAAGCGUACCGACCGAUUGACCGUCCUGGUCAACAACUCUGGUGCGACUUGGGGAGCACCAUACGACGACUUUCCCGAAUCCGGCUGGGAUAAACUCAUGGCGCUGAAUGUCAAGUCCAUCUUUUACACCACCGUCGGUUUGGACGCUCUUCUCAAAAAGGGCGCGACGGCUGCUAACCCUUCCCGCGUCAUCAACAUCGCUUCUAUGGCGGGUAUCCAGACCAUCGACGUGACCGUCGGUUCGGAGGGAGGCCUAGCCGCUCCGGGAAGUGGGACUUUCUCGUACGGACCGAGUAAAGCAGCAUGUAUCCAUUUGAGCAAGCUGCAGGCGAGUAAAUUGAUGAAGGAUCACGUUACUGUGAAUUGUAUUUGUCCUGGCGCCUUCCCCUCCAAAAUGACAGCUUUCGGCUUCGACAAGGCCAUGGACACGCUUCUUUCCGGCCAGCCGAGUGGACGUGUGGGCACACCCGAGGAUUUCGCGGGUUUGGUGCUGUUUUUGAGCAGUUUGGGGGCGGCGCAUAUGACGGGGAAUGUGUUGGAGGUGGAUGGUGGGAGCACGUUGAGUGGGUUUAGGGGGAAGGCGAAGAGGAGGGCGGAUCAGAAGUUGUAG